AACCAUAACUUUUACCGUAUGUUGAGGAUCUUUCCAAACUCGCCGUCACAUCAUAUAACGACAUUCAAGACCUGAUGGACUCAGGGAAUAAGGCUAGGACUGUAGCUGCCACUAACAUGAAUGAGACCAGCAGCCGUUCACACGCUGUCUUCAACAUCAUCUUCACCCAGAAGCGUUAUGACUCUGAGACAGACAACACUUCAGAAAAGGUCAGCAAAAUCAGUCUGGUGGAUUUAGCCGGCAGUGAGAGAGCUGAUUCCACUUGAGCCAAAGGCACACGGCUCAAGGAAGGGGCAAACAUCAAUAAAUCACUCACCACCCUAGGAAAAGUCAUUUCAGCUCUGGCAGAGGUGGAUUCUGGCUCAAACAAGAAUAAAAAGAAGAAGAAAGUAGAAAGUUUUAUUCCUUACAGGGAUUCUGUACUGACCUGGCUACUGAGAGAGAACCUUGGUGGCAACUCUCGCACCGCAAUGGUGGCGGCUCUCAGUCCUGCCGAUAUCAACUAUGAUGAAACCCUCAGUACUCUCAGGUAUGCAGACAGGGCUAAGCAGAUCCGUUGUAAUGCUGUGAUCAAUGAAGAUCCUAAUAACCGCCUGGUGCGUGAGCUGAAAGAUGAGGUGUCCCGUCUGAAGGACCUCCUCUAUGCCCAGGGCCUGGGUGACAUCAUCGAGAACAUAUCCGAUUACAAGAACAAUAACAAUAGUGGCCAAGCUGUCAAUCAAAGAGGUGAUCUCUCCACAGUGACCAAUGCUAUGACGGCGAUGAGCCCCUCUCCAUCUCUCUCCGCCCUGUCCAGCCGAGCUGGUUCCAUCAGCAACCUCCAUGAUCGCAUCAUGUUCAGCCCAGGGAGCGAGGAAGCCAUUGAGAGACUCAAGGAAACGGAGAAAAUUAUUGCUGAGCUUAAUGAAACCUGGGAAGAGAAGCUUCGCCGUACAGAGGCCAUCAGAAUGGACAGAGAAGCACUGCUGGCUGAGAUGGGUGUGGCCAUGCGUGAGGAUGGAGGAACUGUUGGAGUCUUUUCACCAAAGAAGACGCCCCACCUGGUGAAUCUAAAUGAAGAUCCUUUAAUGUCCGAGUGUCUUCUGUAUUACAUCAAAGAUGGAAUUACCAGGGUUGGGAGAGAAGAUGCCAGCAGAAGACAGGACAUUGUUUUGAGUGGUCACUUCAUCAAAGAGGAACACUGCACUUUCACCAGCACCACUGGACCUGUGGGAGAAGCUGUCAUUCUUGAGCCGUGUGAGGGAGCAGAAACUUAUGUCAAUGGGAAGAGAGUAACAGAACCUACGGUUCUCAGAUCAGGGAACCGAAUCAUUUUGGGCAAGAGCCAUGUCUUCCGCUUCAACCAUCCAGAGCAGGCUCGUCAGGAACGUGAACGAACCCCCUGCGCUGAGACACCAAUGGAGCCUGUAGACUGGGCCUUUGCUCAGAGAGAACUCCUGGAUAAACAGGGCAUUGAUAUGAAACAGGAAAUGGAUCAGAGACUGCAGGAACUUGAGGAUCAGUAUCGCAAAGAGAGAGAGGAGACCAACAAUCUAUUGGAGCAACAGAGAUUAGACUAUGAGAGCAGGUUAGAAGCCCUGCAGAAACAGGUAGAUCGUUAUUACCCUGAUGUGGCAGAGGAAGAUGAAGAACCUGAAGAGGAAGUGCAAUGGACUGAGAGAGAGACAGAACUGGCGCUGUGGGCUUUCCGUAAAUGGAGAUGUUAUCAGUUCACUUCUCUCAGAGAUCUGCUUUGGAAUGCCAUCUUCCUCAAGGAGGCGAAUGCCAUUAGCGUGGAGCUAAAGAAGAAGGUUCAGUUCCAGUUCGUGUUACUGACGGACACGCUUUACUCUCCACUUCCGCUUGACCUGUUACCACCUGAAACAGCUAAAGACCGCGAGAAAAGCCCAUUCCCUCGCACCAUUGUGGCUGUAGAAGUCCAAGAUCAGAAAAAUGGAGCCACACAUUACUGGACCCUGGAGAAGCUCAGGCAGAGGCUGGAUCUGAUGAGGGAGAUGUAUGAUCGUGCUGCUGAGGUGCCUGGCAGUGCUCUUGAGGACUGUGACAGUGUGCUGACUGGAGGCGAUCCAUUCUACGACCGGUUCCCCUGGUUCCGUUUGGUUGGAAGAAACCCCCUUUUCUCCACAUGCCUUAGUGAGCAAGCCAGCGACCCUAACUCCUCCCCCACCCCCUCUGAGCCCACAUCAACCUCUGAAAUCACUGAGCUGGUCCAGUCAUGGCCUGACAAGAGGGUGGGGACAGAGCUGGAUGACUUGGACGAUGAUUUCUUAUCGGAUGACUCAUGCUCGGAUAUUGAGGAGGAGGAGGAGGGGGAGGAUGAGGAUGAUGAUGAUGAGGGAGAGUUCUGCAGAAGCUUCGGCAAAGCUGAGGACCCGUUUUAUGAUCGCUCGCCAUUGUUCAGUGUAGUGGGAAGGGGAUUUGUGUAUUUGAGUAAUCUGCUCUAUCCUGUGCCCUUGGUCCAUCGGGUUGCCAUUGUCAAUGAGAAGGGAGAGGUCAAAGGUUUCCUCAGAGUAGCUGUACAGGCAAUAUCAGGUGCUCUGGUUUUUCCUCCAGCUGAUGAAGAGGCACCAGACUAUGGCUCUGGUGUCCGACAGUCAGGCACUGCCAAGAUUUCUUUUGAAGACCAGCAGUUUGAGAAGUUCCAGUCAGAGUCCUGUCAUUCUGGUCUUUCACGUGCUGCUGUAUCUCAGGAAGAACUGCGAAUUGUGGAGGGUGAGGGCCAAAAUGCAGAGAUGGCACUGUCAGCAGAUGAGGUCAACAAUAAUACCUUUGCAGCUAACCCAGAGGAGCUGGACAAUCCUGUCAAGACCGGUCUUGAUGGCGUAUUGGAUGGUGCUCUGGAUCACUUGAGGAUUGGAGAAGUCUUUACGUUCAGAGUUACUGUGCUGCAGGCGUCAAGCAUAUCCUCAGAAUACGCAGACAUAUUCUGCCAGUUCAAUUUUAUUCACAGGCAUGAUGAAGCAUUUUCCACAGAGCCAUUGAAGAACACUGGACGUGGUCCACCACUUGGCUUCUAUCAUGUGCAGAAUAUUGCCGUGGAAGUGACUAAGUCCUUUAUAGAGUACAUAAAGACUCAGCCAAUCGUGUUUGAAGUGUUUGGACAUUACCAGAAGCAGCCUUUCCCUCCGCUCUGCAAGGAUCUCAUUAGCCCAUUGCGCCCAUGCAGACGACAGUUCCCGAGAGUCAUGCCUCUUUCCAAACCAGUACCUGCUACCAAACUGACAGCUCUCACACGACCCACGGCAGGACCGUGCCACUGUAAAUACGACCUGAUGGUCUUCUUUGAAAUCUGUGAACUAGAGGCCAAUGGAGACUAUAUCCCAGCCGUAGUGGACCACCGGGUAGGCAUGCCCUGCCAUGGCACUUUCAUGUUACAUCAGGGCAUCCAAAGGAGAGUUACAGUCACCAUAGUGCAUGAGUCAGGAAGAGAUAUUAAGUGGAAGGAAGUGCGAGAGCUGGUUGUAGGGCGCAUCCGGAACACGCCUGAAGCAGAUGAGACAAUCAUCGACCCCAAUAUUCUCUCUCUCAACAUACUGUCUGCAGGAUACAUCCGUCCCGCACAUGAUGACAGACAGUUUCUUGAUUCGGACAUUCCUAGCAUUUCCUUGGGGAUUAAUCCUAGGACAUUCUACCAUUUCGAGGCUGCUUGGGAUUCAUCCAUGCACAACUCUUUGCUGCUUAACCGUGUCACUCCUUACGGAGAGAAACUCUACAUGACUCUGUCUGCUUACCUGGAGAUGGAGAACUGCACACAGCCCACAGUGAUAACCAAAGACUUAUGCAUGGUGUUCUACUCAAGAGACGCCAAGCUCCCAGCAUCUCGCUCCAUCAGGAACCUCUUCAGCAGUGGCACCUUGAGGCCAUCUGAAGGAAACCGUGUAACUGGUGUGUAUGAGCUCAGUCUGUGCCACUUGGCUGAUACAGGGAGCCCAGGAAUGCAAAGACGACGCAGAAGGGUGCUGGAUACAUCGGUGGCGUAUGUGCGAGGGGAGGAGAACCUGGCUGGCUGGAGGCCCCGCAGUGACAGCCUCAUCCUGGACCAUCAGUGGGAGCUGGAGAAACUGAGCCUCCUGCAGGAGGUGGAGAAAACCAGACACUACCUCCUCCUUAGGGAGAAGCUUGAGUCCACCCUGCUGCUGGGCCAGGAGUUGCUGCUGUCCUGCGGGAGUGAAGAUCUAACCGAGUCCUCUUCCCUAUCCACCCACCUGGGCCUGGGCCACAACCCUUGUCCCGGCCCUGACACACCCAACGAGAGGCAGAUGGAGCUGGCUGCAAAGUGUUUGCGUUUGCUUAACCACACCUUUAACAGGGACUACAGCCAUGUGUGUGUUAGCGCCAGUGAGAGCAAGUUAAGCGAGAUGUCAGUGACUCUCUUGAAAGACUCGGCCUCAGUGUGUGCUGAAAGCACCCUCACCCCGUCCUCCACAUGCCCCUCACUCGUGGAAGGACACUAUGGCCACAACACUGAACUCAGACCCCCAACACCUCGAUCUCGUGCUGUCAGCCCCAUCCCUGACACUGAAACAGAGGGCAAGAAGUCUCCUCAUGAGUCCAAAUCAAGAUCCCACACUUUUGUGCCAGACAUUCAGGAAAUCCGUGUCAGCCCAAUUGUGUCAAAGAAAGGUUAUUUGCAGUUCCUGGAGCCCCAUAGUAAUGACUGGGUUAAGAGAUAUGUGGUGGUACGCCGGCCUUAUGUCUACAUCUACAACACAGAGAGAGACACAGUGGAAAGGGCCAUACUUAACCUGUCCUCGGCACAAGUGGAGUACAGCGAAGACCAGCAGGCCAUGCUGAAGACCCCUUACACAUUUGCGGUAUGCACAGAGCACCGUGGAAUACUCCUUCAAGCCAGUAAUGACAAGGAGAUGCAUGACUGGCUGUAUGCCUUUAACCCUCUGCUUGCUGGAUCUAUCAGGUCUAAACUGUCCAGAAGAAGAGCCGGGCAGAUGAGAUUUUGAGCCCACUACAUGUAUACCUACUGUACAAUGCUUUGAGGACAAAAAACACAAAGGACUAACCUUGUAAAUAGAUCUACUGAUAGAUCCCCCAGUUUCUGUGCUUAAUCAACUCUCUGACCCUCUGUUACCCACAUGUGUGUACCUGCACCUGCCCACACUAGCACCGAUUGUGCACCUGUAUCUUAAAGGCCCCUUUGUUGUGCAUCUACAGUGGCCUAAAUAUUCAACUUACAACGCCAAAAGAACAGGCUAACUUCUUUAUUGGGGUAGAGAUAGUAUGCUUAUGUAGUCUUCAGCAACAUUUUAGAAAGCUGGUGAUGGGAAUUUCUAAUUCUGAAGUUGUCAGCUCAUGCAAACACAUCUGAAUUUGUAACUGUGAAGAGUGGCGUCCAUAUCUUGGGUUUGUGGGAAAACGGAUCACAUGGCCUUACUGUCUUACUCUUGACUUGUAAGUCUUUGGGUUUAAAACGAUAAAACUGGUCAGUAUUUAAGUCAGCAGACCAUAUGUUUAUUCAUUUCUUGGCUAUGGACGAUAGAAUUGAUCAAUGAUAAGCAGUUCUCAGCAAGGAGAAGAUGAAUCACAUCAUAUUACACUCUUACUCUCUUUAAGUGCAGUUCUUGGACACAGUACAACCCAUCAUAAAUACUCAUAUACCUUUAUAAUGUUUCACUUGUAUGGCCUUGAAAUGCAUAAAGUUUUCAAAAUAGCCAGGAUGCAUGAGGAAAAAUUUGGCAAUGGAAAAUGUUUGCAUUCUCAUAUCUCUAUAUGAGAACCAUUAUAAAGAUUUGGCCUAUUUUUGUUGGAGUACUGGUCAGUAGAUUUAUCUAAAAUGUAUCAUAAUCCAGUCUAAUAUUUUAUAGAAAGAAUUAUCGGUAUCCCCAAGUGAUCUUAUAUCUGUCUAAUUUAAGUUUUAUCUAGUUAGGUAUUUAUUUAACAUUUUUAUUUAUUUCAGCACAUAUUUAUUGACAAAGACUGUAAUAUUUUUUAAAGAAGUACAGUGCAAUUUCUGCACAUGGCACUUUUUUGUUAUCAUGAGUUGACUAACCUCCCUUUUACUGACUGCAAUGCUCUCAUUUCCACCGACACAUUGAAAAGCAUUUGGGGAACAGGUUCAAAGUGAAUAGCUGGGAUAGCUGCUAUAACAUGUAGAUUACUUGAAUUUUACUUUUUAGAUAUGUUCACUAGUUUUAGUUUAAGAAAACAAAUAUUUUUUUUUUUUUGCAAGAUUAAUUAGGUAGAGAAAAAUCAUCUCCAUUGCCCAGAAUUUUUAAUGAGUGUUCGUGCAGUGGUCAGUCUUGGAAAAUGGAAGGUUUAGAAGUUUGUUAGAACAAAUCAAAUGUACAGUACUGAUGGAAUUCUCUACACGCACCCCAGAGAGUGAUGAUUUUGUGCCUCUUGCAUCAUAUACUCUGUUUUAGUUUUACAGUUUACAUCAUCUUAAUCCCUGUGUGCUUCUUUAAGAGGGUGAAUGUCCACUUUCAGGUCCACCCAUCGGUACCACGCUUUCUCUCUGUGCGCAGGCAAAUGCAUCUUUAGUUAGUUUUUAGUUUCGUUAUUAGUUUGCAUAUUGCACAUGCCCUACAUAUUACUAGGUUUUGAUAUUUCUAAGCAUAUCUAGAUGGUGUAAUUUAUUUAUUUAUUUAUUUCUCAACUGACUUUACUUAAAAAUGAACAAAACAAAUCUAUUUAUUCAGCCAUAAAAACAAAACAAAAUCAUCAUGGACUCCAGAAACAAGCCCAUUGUUCUGAACCUUGUUUUUUCUUUGACUGUAAUCAUAUAAAACAUCAAACAGGCUAAGACAUGUAACACAAUACAUUUUAAAUUCCAUUUUCUGUUUUUAAAGUUGUCUCAGGUAUGAUUGUUGUGCUUAAUGUCAAUGGGUUUAGGCUGUACAAAACUGUGUCUGUGUUGAGACUGCUGAUAGUUGUUUAACUUCAGCCAAACUAAUUUUUUUGGAAUAUGAAACCAGAUUUUUGAGUUAUAUUAUACCAACAGCUAGGAUUAAUACACUUUGUACUAGUGCAAAAGCAUUUGUUAGAAGGUAGAGUUCUUUGAGUCAGACCUUGACGUGGUCAGUCACUGGAGCAGAACCCAUGCAUGCACUUUCAUUGCUUAUUAUAAUUAGUCCUGGUGGCUUAUAAUUUGGUUUGGGAUGACUGGAUGAUCCUGCAGGUUACCUAACACAAGCCUUUCCCAUAUUUAGAGCACAGAUCAACUAUUUGCAAAUGCUGGGGUGCCUCCAGGGCAGCAAGAUUCAGGCAUAUCAGCAUGACUGAGGCCAGCCAACCUUCAGCACAUGCUUAGUACAGGAAAAAUCAAGACACUGAACUAACCUCUAUUGAAAGCCUUGAUCUGUCUAUGAGUGAACCUCAAAGAUCUGCAUUUCUAAUCCCAAAAAUUCAGUUACUAAUAUUGUUAUUUAGGAUGUUGAAAGCUGAAAAGUGGGUUUCUGUUUCCAUGAAAAAUCAGGGUUCUGCUUCUCUGUGAAGCAGAAAACAUAUCCUAAAAGAAUUCUCAAUCUCUGAUGGUUCUCUGUUUAUGAAAAAUAGUUAAUGCACUUUUUUUUUUUUUUUUUUUUUUAUUACAAAAACUAUGUACACUUCACAUUCACAACCAAACAUAAGCAAUGCCACUACUUUUAGAAACAAGUGCAUAUGUUAAUAGUAAUAGCAAGUGCAUUUUCAAAAUGAGUGACAACUAAAUUAUUACAAAACAGAGAGUUCACUGAAUCACUUUCAGUUUGAGUACAUGCAAGCAAAUGUGAAUUGUCUUGGUUUUUGUCUGUGCACCUUGUAGAAAAGCAGAGAGCUGAAUGGUAUUCUUCAUGUUAUAGCCUGUACUGUACCAUUGCUACAAGCAAUUUACAUAAAACAUUACAUUAUCAUGUUUCAAGACUAAAAACAUUGCAUUCAUUUUACCAUCUCCCAAAAUGAAAGAAUUAAUCAGUUCUCAUAAUCGACACCAAAUAUUUGUGUGCUUCCAUUCUCCUCUUAUGCACAGACUCCAUUCAUAAGCAUAUUUUCUUUGUUGUAUUCUCUUAGUUUUACAUGCCUUGUAUAUAAACAUGAUUGCUGUGAAUGGUGUAAUAGGCAGUUGUAACUGGUUUGUACCAUCUUCAAUGGGCAGUAGUUCAGUGUCUCUUUCUGAGUGUUGGAAUUAUGAGUCAAAUGUUUGUGUACACUCGACACAUUGUCAGAUAUGAAAUAAAUGUGGAACUUAUGCAACACUA